AUGAAGUCGACCAUGAACCCAUGGGGUGAUGAAUACUGUGUGCCUCCCUCUUCUCCGGACUUGACGGCGGCACCAGAUAAUCGAGAGGAGGAACGCGAGAAGUUGUGCCGCGAGGAGAUCGAGUCUGAGCGCACGUUCAACGAGAAGCGAGCAGCGAUGCCGCAGCUUAUUGAUGCAAGCGCAACCGAUAUCGCUAAAACUAAUGAGCGUGCCCUGUCAAAUCCAAGUCCGGCAGCAGGAGAAGCUUUCUACGACGCUUCCGAGAGAAUCGACGACCCUAAGGUCAAGAAGCUGGAAAGCGAGCUCGAGGACUGCCGAUGGUUGAUGAAGGAGAAAGACGAAUCGAUUGCUGACCUGAUCAGCCAUCUUGAUAACUGCCGUGACACCAUCAGCGAAUUGAAGGAAAAGGAAGAGGCAUCAGCCAACGAGCUAUCUUUCGUGCAAAAGCUCGCUGACAAGAGUCUGGAGAACGUGGGUACUCUUCGCGAUGACAUCGAAGAGUAUCGCGUAUUCGUCCAGAAUCGUGAGGCAGACCUGGCAUAUAUGGGGCAGUCUGUCGUGGAAAAGGAAGAGAAAAUCGAGGGCCUGGCGGCGCAGCUCUCCGAGAAGUCUGCUGCGUAUGAAAAGCUCGAGAAGACCAGCUUGGCGGGCAUUAAAUCUGUGUUGACGGAAGCAGAAAAGGCGCGAGCAGAAUUGAUCGACGAACACGCAAAGACUCUCAAGGAGAAGGAAGACCUUAUCCGACAGCUCGCAGAGAGAGUCAAGUUCCUGGUGUUCACCAACGGGGAGAAGUCCCAUCUACUCAGAGGCGAUUUAGCACGACUUCAUGCGGAUAACAUCAAGCAGGAAGGCGUCAUCGACAAGUACCGCAGCGACAUCGAUGACCUCCACCAGAAACUCGAGGCUCGCGACGACACUAUCAUCAAGCAGCAAAAGCAGCUCGAGGCCGCUUCCGAGCAGGCCAAGGAUCACGGGUCCCAAGUCGAAUCUUUGCAGGAAGCGAUCACACUCAGAGACUUCAAGAUCCAAUUGUUCAAGAUUGAGAAUGAGAACCUUGACAACGCACUCGCGUGUGAGCGCAAUAUCAUCAAUGAGCGCAACCAAGAGAUUGCAGACCUUCAGGAGCAGUCUGUUCUUGAUCGCGAGCGGGAUGAGUGGAGUAUUGCAGUCUUGCGACGUGUUGCCUUCGAGAGUAACAAUGAAAUGCAUGUCUCCGAAGCUGUGCGAGCCCUUGAGGCAAAGGACUUUCUGGACAGGAUGGAGCUUCUGCAGGGCGUCAUCAACGAUAAGAAUUACAAGCUGGAGCAGGCUCAUCGUGCGCACAAACAUGGUGUAAAACAGUUCCUGGAGCACAUCGAGCUUUUGCAGAAUAACAUCAACGACAAGGAUGCAGCGUUGAGAGAGAUGCGUGACGGACGCGAAAAUGAAGCCAAGAGUGCUCUUGAGACGCUCAAGACACUCAAGUUCGACAUCGAGGACAAGGACGCGCUGUUGCGCGAGAGCAGACGCGAGCAUAAGCAAGACACAGAGUUCCACACUGUGAAAAUCAUGACUCUGCACCGCGAGCUCUGGAGUAAGGACCAAGACAUGGAAAACCUGCAGAAGGUCCUACUCAAACGCGAGGAGGAGACAAUAAAGAUCGAGGUCAGAAUGUUGGAACAGAGCAAGCAACAGGAGCGCAUCAUCGCCGAGAAGAACACCGAGUUGGAGCAUACGCAAGCCGAGCGUGAGAAGGAAGCAAAGGAAGGCCUGGAGAGACUCGAGCUCAUCACUGCCAGCAAGGACGAGCUAUUGCAGAAAGCACACGUCGAACGCGAGACGGAAGCGAAGGAGGCCCUCAAGAGGCUUCAGCUCGUCAUCGCCGAAAGGGCCAAUCUCUUGAACCAGGCUCGCCUCGAGCGCGAAGAGGAAGCCGAAAAGGUCGAGAAGAAACUCCACCUCCUGACCAACAUCAUCAACGACAAAACCGCCCAGCUCUCCUCAGCAAACUACGACCUCAAAAUGACCACCAACGAGAACAAAUCCCUAGUAGCGGAAAAGAACGCCCAACUGGUAGAGCUCGCAAAGACGAAAAAGCACCUCCUCGACACCAUCAAGACUAUGACAGCCCGCUACAACGACCGCGCUCAGCUUGCCGGAAUCCAAAUCACCGAGCUCCAAGAAGAACUCAGAGCCCGCAAAGCCGAAAUCACAAAUAGUCUCCGCAUCAUCCAAUCCCUCCGAACCUCUAACGCGACUCUUGAGACAACCCUCGAAGCGCGUAAUCAGAAAUUCCAAAAAGCAUGGACCCUCAUCACAGAGCGACACGCGCGCCUCUGUCGUCUCAACAACGACAUGGCCACCGACGCAGAAGGCUGGGACCGCGUCGCCACCGACGAGGCCUUCACACUCGAACAAGUCCUCGAGGACGUGGACACUGUCGCAUAUGCCGAUACGCACUCUGUCGGCGAGGAGGAUCAGGAUGUGUAUUCCAUCUCCGGAUUCUCUGACGACGCAGACGGAAGCGAAAGCGAAAGUGAAAGCGAAAGCGAAGAUGAAGAUGAGCUCCCAACCUACGAGCAGAGCAUCGACGCGGACUGUGGUGGCGUGGUGAUCGAGUCACAGGAGGUAACGGGAGAGUCGGGACACGAGACGAAUCACGGCAGCACGAUUGAGCCGGAUGAUGUGGAGGAUUUGGAGAGUAAGGAAGAGGAAGGUGAUGAUUGGAGUGAUGUAGGCUCUCAGCUAUGCGCGGAGUGA